UGAUCCCUGGCCCCCGCCCUCCCCCAACCCCUGCACGCCCUUGACCGUUCCCUGACCUCGGCCGUGGGCCAGCCUCCUUCGGGGCAAAGGAAGAGUUUCCCCGUGGACGAAGGAAAAGACAGAAGGAAGCCAUGUCGAACUUAAUGUAUAAUAAAAUGUGGCACCAGACCCAAGAAGCCCUCAAUUCUUUGCUUGACAAAGAGUCUCAGAAGAUAACAGAACCACAGAGCAAUAAGGUCAUCAUCUUCCAAAUGCUGGCCACCUUCUACAUCAAGUACGUGCAGAUCUUCCGAAGUGUGGAGAAUGUCUACGACCAGAUCGUCCAUCCUCAGAAGCGAAUAUUGAUCCGAAAGAUACUGGAUGGAGUUAUGGGCCGCAUUCUGGAACUGAAGAAUGAAAUGGUAGAAUUGGAAUUAACUGAGUUUCAUUAUUUUGACGAUAUCUUACAGGACCUCAAGUUGGCUCCCCAACAGCUAGAUGUCCCCAUCCCUAAGUAUUUUUUGAAGGAGAGAUUGGACGUCAUAAAAGGAAGAGAGAAAAUCCUUUCUUGGAUCUUAACCAACAGUGGAUUGCAAAUACCUCAAGUGCGCCACACGGUGAAGAGCAUACCCUUGGAAGAAGCCGUUAAGCUCGUCCAGGUUGCCGAGCGGGCACGGCAGGGCCGCCUCAGAGCGCUGUUCAUGAAGCAAAUCUACCUUCAGGAAUUGAGAGCCAAACAAAUGAAGAUGUUGGGUGAUAAAGUGGUCGAUACCAGCACUGCUGCACUCCAGAUUCAGAAAGUUUGGCGAGGUUUCCAUCAAUCCAAGAAAACAGAAAAAGAGAGAGAGGAGGAGAUGAUAUUCCUGGGAAUGAAUCCACCUUCUAUCUUCAAUGAAGUCAGUGCUACAAUAAUCCAGGCAGAAAAUGUGUCUCGCCUGCGGAAUGAGGUGCAGAUCAAGCAUGAGGAGAACUACAGAGAGGCCCUGGUGACCAUCAAGGAAGACCUGAGGAUAAUGGAGGGCCCAGACAUGAGGGAGAGCCUCCAGCACCAGAUCCGCCAGUGGUUCAUCGAGUGCAGGAAUUUGACCGGUGCUUUUCCUGACUACCCCAAUGUUGAAGAUGGAGGCUCAGCCAUUAUUUUUAGCAGCAAGACCCCAGAACAGGUUAUUGAUGACAUCAUUGCCAGCCAAGAGGAAGAGGAAAAGAACAAAAAGAAAAAGCAAUCAGAUACGGAAAAGAAGCCAAAGAAAGCCAAAAAAGAGAAGGAAAAGAAAGAAGUGAAAGAAAAAGCUAAGGAAGAAGACGAGGAAUGGAAAAUGUCACCAAGUGUUUUCCUUCGUCUAAUGGAGGAAGGAAAUAACUUAUACAAAGACAUGUGGAUGAAUAAAGAUGAAUCUUGGAAUUUCCUUCAGGACUAUGACCCAGAAAUGAUCAAAGAGGAGAAACGGAAGGAAUUGGAGUUGGAGAUAAGAGUUCAGGUCGAUGAGUUGAUGCGACAGGAGUUAAAAAACUUAAAACUAGCUGUGAACAGAGAAAGAGAACCUCCUCCCAAGGAAGGGAAGAAAGGAAAGCAAAAUAAAGGAAAGGCAGGCAAAAAAAGGAAAAAGGAGAAGAAGGAAAAAGACCUGACACCUGACAGGACAAUCGAGUCUCUGUACAAGGAGCUGGUGGAGGAAGGGCUGCUGAUCCAGGCUCAGAAGUUCAACCUCUCAGACUACAUUGGUGAGUACAGCUACCUGGGGACCACACUUCGUCAUGUAUCCAUAGAGCCCAUGCCCUCCCUCCUGGAUGUCAGACAGCUCAUCACGCUCUACGGAAUCUUGCCAUUGGGGUCCGCGGAAGUGCACGAGAACGCUCCCCUGGUGAAAUCGCUGCUGUUGGCCGGACCGUCGGGGGUGGGGAAGAAAAUGCUGGUCCAUGCCAUCUGCAGGGAAACAGGAGCCAACCUCUUCAACCUGUCGUCAGAGAAUAUCGCGGGCAAGUACCCCGGCAAAAACGGCCUCCAGAUGAUGCUGCACAUGGUCUUCAAGGUAGCUCGCCAGCUUCAGCCUUCCGUGGUGUGGAUCCAGGACACAGAGAAAACCUUCUACAAAAAAGUUCCACAAGCUGAAAGGCUGAAUGAUCCAAAACGUCUGAAAAAACAGCUCCCCAAAAUCCUGAAACUCCUGAAACCAGAAGACAGGAUUCUGAUCAUAGGGACCACGAAGCGUCCUUUUGAUGCUGAAAUUCAGUCUUUGUGCAAAGUUUACCAAAAAAUUAUUUUGGUCCCCAGACCAGACUACGCUUCCAGAUAUGUUUUGUGGAAGCAGUUCAUUCAGCGCAACGGUGGCAAGCUCACCAAGGCCUUGAACAUCAGUUGCCUAGCGAAGGUCACGGACGGCUUCACCCAAGGAGAUAUCAUCAAAGUGGUCAAAGACGUGCUCACAGAACGCCGAAUCCGACAGCAGGCUCGCAAACCUCUCACGGCCGUGGAGUUCGUGACGGUGAUGACCAGCAUGAACCCAGUGUAUAAAGAGGAAGAAGAGAGCUUUAAGAACUGGUAUGCCAAAACCCCUCUGGGGAGAAAGCGCCUCUUGGCCCAGAUGGUCGGUGGUGGCAAAGAAAAGGAGCGGGACAAAGGGAAGAAGAAAGGAAAAAAGGAGAAAAAGAAGAAAUAAGACCUUUCUGAUGGCUCCAGCUCCUCAGGAGGGGCUCAUGCCGCCACCUGGAGACGUCCAAGGAGAAGCAAGAGCAACCGCCCUCACCGCACACUCACCCGCCACACCUGAGACGGCCGGCGCCAAGCCAGGUGUCUGUAGGCGCCGCCUCUCCUACCUGUCACCGUUUCUCAAUCUCCGUAAGCUUGUCUGUGACCGAAGUUCACUUCUCACGCAGCCACACUCUUUCCAGCUUGCACACUCACCUGUUUGCACUGUCAAAAUUAAGAUGGGGUGCGACAUAGGCUCGCCUGAGCCGCUGGCAAGGCACACGUGCACACUGGCUGUUCACUAG